AUGGCGGCGCAACCGAAACUUACGGACGAUAACGUCUAUGAUACGGAUGUUGAGAGCAAUCAUGGGAUUGAAAGGGAUGAGGGACCGACGGAGCAGUCGCCUUUGCUGCCAAGUGGAACGGAGGAAAAUGAUGAGCCGUCCAGGUCGUUGAGACGACGCGCUUUGGCUAUGGGCAUGCUAGCUCUUCUCAUGGUCGAAGUGAGCCAGUUCAUCAUGAAUCCUCCGACCAAAAAGAUCGCCGAGGACAUCAUCUGUCGACAGCACUAUCCCGACCAUUUAAUCGGCGCGUUCGAUACAGAUGAUUAUCGCUGCAAAGAUAGUCCUGUUCAAAAGACGUUGGCGAUGGUCCAGGGAUGGGAGCAGGCCUUUGAGAUGGGAGUCCCGAUCUUGACACAGUUCCCAUAUGGUAUCGUUGCUGAUAAAUAUGGAAGACGACUUGUUUUGUUUCUGGCGAUGCUUGGAUGCUGCCUCUCAACAGCCUGGCUCCUACUAGUCUUGUCGUUCCCAAACAUCUUUUCGAUCUGGGCUAUCCUCGGCGGAAGUAUCUUCUUCCUCAUUGGUGGCGGAGGUCAAAUGGCUGUUGCAAUGGUCUACACUAUCGUCGCCGACGUAGUUCCUGUCUCCCAACGAACAGACAUGUUCUUCCGCCUCGUCGCUCUUGUUCUAAUCUUCAACGUAAUCUUCAAUCCAAUUUCCGCAUGGCUACUUCAAUUCGACCCCUGGUUAUCCAUGUGGAUUGGCUUUGGCUUCAUGGUCUUUGGAACGAUGUGCAUUCUUCUCAUCCCCGAGACGAUGCAUCUUCGACGUAAGGAUGAUAAGAGACAUAAUGAAGAACAUGAGAAUCAACAGCUUCAUGGUGUUUCGUUGAGCAAGCAUAAUGUGUUGAAGCAGGCUUGGUUUAGCAUCCAGAAUGAUAUGCAGCAUGUUUGGCGGUUUCUUUUUGCGUCAAAGAGCAUCAUGAUGCUCAUGCUUGCCAUAGCAUUCUUCUUCCCCGUUCGAACAGUACUUACGGGAGUGCUGUUGCAGUACAUGAGCAAACGCUUCGAUUGGUCAUGGUCAAAGGCAACAUAUAUCUCGACAAUUGGCAUUGUGGCAACAGUGGUGUGCUACCUCAUAAUCCUGCCUGUGACGUCCGACUUCCUCAACAAGAGUCGCCGUUACAAAUCUCGCCCUGUGGCAAGGGAUUUGCUCCUUGCGCGCAUUGCUAUCACAAUCAUGGCAGCUGGAUGUUUGCUGAUGGGUCUUGCUUCAGUCCCAUGGCUGUUUGUUAUUUCCCUCAUCACUGUCAGCAUCGGCAACUCUUUCGUUGCACUCAGCAGAGCAUUGAUCAAUGCUCUGGUUGAGCCGCAUACCAUCGCUACCUUGAACACUACCAUCUCUCUUAUUGAAGUCAUCAUGGGAUUGACUGCGCCCGCGAUGAGCUGGCUCUUGGGUCGCGGGUUCGAGUUGGGUGUGAAGCUACCAGCUUCUGGUAUUGCUCAAGCUCACGAGGGUUGA